AUGGUGCGCAUCGACACCGUGCGUGGAGCGCUCCUGCUCGCAUGCAUUGGCCAUGCCUCAGCACGCCUGACCGCCAACGAGACGUCCGCAUAUCUCCAGCUAGAGAAUGACCACCUUUUUGUCUCGGUCAAUAAAUCUAUCGGACGAGUUGAUCUUCUGGUGCUUGAUGGACAAGAUCUGCUUGGUUCAGCAGCUUACAUUCCAUACUCUCCGGGGGGCUCUUCUGGCGACGGCAGAUAUGGGGUCGGCCCAUAUCUUGAUUGCUAUUGCAUCCCUGCCAGCGGCCCUUCAAGCACAGGCUCUGGUUCCUACACGCCAGGUACUAUCGCGCCAACCUACAAGCUGUUCAAAGGCAUGGACUCCCAACAUGUCGCCUAUGGUGGUGUCAUGAUGAGCGAAACGUACCCUCCUACGGGUCAAGUUCUGCAGCAGUAUUGGUUUCUGCGGGAUGGAGAAACUGGGUUGCACACCUUCAGUCGCAUCGCCUAUCACAACUCGACUACUCCCUUCUUACGAAAUUUGCAGGAGUUCAGGACGCUCUUCAGGCCAAGCACAGAGUUGUGGACCGACCUGAUCACCGACGAUAAUCUUGCUAGCAAAAUGCCGGUGCCGAAUCCGGCUUCAGGCAGCACUGCAAAUGCGACAACCGUUCAAGAUGCCACCUGGUAUAUCGGCAACCGCACGGAUGACCCGUAUGUCGAAGAGUUCGCGGACUACUUCACCAAGUACACCUUUUCGACAACUUGGCGCGACCAACAGGUUCAUGGACUCUUUGGCGACGGAACGAACAGCAAGGACAAUUCAACCUUCGGUGCUUGGUUAGUGAUGAACACUAAAGAUACCUAUUAUGGCGGUCCGACACAUUCAGACCUGGUUGUUGAUGGGAUUAUCUACAAUUACAUGGUUUCCAAUCACCACGGCGAUGGCACACCAAACAUCACCGAUGGCUUUGAUCGCACAUUCGGUCCCCAAUACUAUCACUUUAACAAAGGCCCUGCAGGCGCCUCGUGGAGAGACUUGAGGAAUGAGGCUGUGAAGUACGCCACACCAUCCUGGAACGCGGACUUUUACGAUUCAAUUGCGAAACACGUUCCAAAUUAUGUGCCGAGCUCAAAGCGUGGCUCAUGGAAAGCCAAGAUUGACUUGCCGAAGGGUGCUAAGAACGCGAUUGCUGUUUUGGCUCAAGAUGGCGUCGACUUCCAAGAUAAUGUUCUCGACACCUCAGCUUAUCAAUACUGGGCAGAUAUCGAGAGGGAUGGCAAAGUCGAGAUAGAUCGCAUCAAAGCGGGCAGGUACAGAGUGACAGUCUAUGCCGAUGGCAUUUUCGGGGAUUUUAUACGAGAUGGGAUAGUUGUUCGAGCUGGAAAGUCGACCAACAGUGGGCUCCUGAAGUGGAAGGCUGAAUCCGCUGGCACCGAGCUCUGGCGUAUUGGAACCCCAGAUAAAGCUGGUGGAGAGUGGAGACAUGCGGCGCAAAGGCUCGAUACCCCGCAAAACCCUGAGGAGUAUCGCAUAUACUGGGGUGCAUACGACUAUCUCGAGGACUUCCCUAACGGUGUGAACUAUCAUGUAGGGAAAAGCGACCCAGCAAGGGAUCUCAACUACAUCCAUUGGUCUGUUUUCGGUGGUUAUGCAAAUUCGAAUCGGCCGACUCAAGUUGCGGGACACGGCGAGAUUAACAAUUGGACGAUAACAUUCGACCUCAAGAAGCAUGAUCUUGAUAAGAAGAAGGGUGCGACAUUCACAGUCCAAUUGGCGGGAGCGAAGACAGCAGCCGGAAAUACUGAUGUCUUCAAUGUCACGCAGCCCUGGAAUGACCUUCCCCUUACAGUUGUCGUGAACGGGCAUCAACUUGAGCCCUGGAUCAUCCCGUAA